AGUUAGGUAAAGUGGUCUUAGGCUAAACAGUCACUCUACGUAUAAAAUUUAGGAAAAUAUAUAGCACUUUUAGUCCUUGUGGUAAUUAGACAGAUUGAAUAAGUCUGGUGACUGUUGAUAACAAAUGCUUUCAUAAUCAUGUCGAAACUAUACUUAAAAGCCAAUAUUAAAUCUUAAGUUUCAAACACUGCCGCUACUAUUUUCGCUCUUGUUUCCAUCUUUUUAAUUUUUCUUACAUUGCUGUAUAGUAUAUUUACCUAGAUUUGUGCCCAUUUAUAUGAUUUGUUGCAGAUUCCUUGUCAUAAGCAUUUAUUUAUUUGUCAUGUACUUAUAGAUUGCGUACUAUCUGAAUGUCCAGGUGUCUUGCAUUUCAUAAUGUAUAUAAAGUCGUUGGUUAUUGAUGGCUUCAAAUCCUAUUGUCAGAGAACGGAAAUCGAUGGAUUUGAUCCACAGUUCAAUGCGAUUACCGGUCUAAAUGGCUCCGGAAAGUCAAAUAUAUUAGAUGCUAUAUGCUUCUUACUUGGAAUAACAAAUCUAUCGCAUGUAAGGGCAGCAAACCUACAUGAUUUGGUUUACAAAUGCGGUCAAGCAGGAAUAAACAAGGCUACCGUAAGCGCAGUAUUUGACAAUAUGGAUAAGUCACAAUCCCCAUAUGGUUAUGAGCAGUUUGAUGAGCUUACAAUCACAAAGCAGAUUGUCGUUGGAGGCAGAAAUAAAUAUCUGAUUAACGGAACAAACGCAACCACCACAAGGGUUCAUGAUUUAUUUCACUCAGUGCAACUUAAUGUUAAUAAUCCUCACUUUCUAAUUAUGCAAGGUAGAAUUACAAAAAUUUUAAAUAUGAAACCACCGGAGAUCCUAUCAUUAUUAGAAGAAGCAGCAAGCACCAAACUAUAUGAAAAUAAAAAGGAAGCAGCACUUAAAACUAUUGAAAAGAAAGAUAGUAAAUUAAGAGAAAUAGAUAGAAUUCUUAAUGAAGAUAUUAACCCUACUAUCAAGAAAUUACGUGAAGAACGGAGCAGUUAUUUAGAGUAUCAGAAAGUUGUACGUGAAAUUAAUCAUCUGGAAAAGUUUAUUGUCGCUUACGACUAUAGUUGUUUAGAGGAAGCUAAAAAACGAACAAAAGGAGAUUUAAUUACACUUGAACGUUCGUUGGAUGAGCAAAAAAAGAAUAUGGAAGAACUUCGGAAGUCAAAAGAAAUUAUAGAAAGUCGUAUUGCUGAACUUUGCAAACAAAGAGAUGAGCAUCAAGGAACAGCACUUGAAGAAUUAGAAUCUACAAUGUCUGCAUGUCAGAAAACAGAAGCAGUUGCUAAGGGGGCUUCUCAAAGGGCGUCUGAAUCUCUUCGGGCCGCCAAACAGCGUGUUAAGUCCAUGGAGUCACAGUGUAUGGAGCUUGAUGAGCAGUUGUCUUCUAAACAUAAAGCAGCGGAAGCUGCUGCUGGUAUUGAGUACCAGUCCGUCCUAGCACAGUCAGAAGAAGCCAAAGUUAAAUUUGAAGCGGCUCAAAAGCGUUUACAGGCAGUAAAAUCCGGUCUUUCCAGUGGAGAAAAUGGUGUUGCAGCUAGCCUUGCUGAACAGGUUAGAGUUGCAGAUGGUGAGAAGUGCUCCGCACAAACUGAACUUUCUCAACUGAAAAUGCGUCAGAAACAUCUACAAAAUGAGCUUGCUAAACAAGAAGCCAUUGUCGUUAAAACUUUCGGACAUGGGUCAAUAGACGGAGAAUCUAAAGAAGAAAUGAAACAAAAGGAACUUACUGCACAUAUUGACGAAUUAACUAAGAAAUUGACACGAGCUGAGGCGGAUGAUAGGUCUGUUGGUAGCGAAUCUGUGUUAAGUGAGAAGCAGCUUGGCUUAGUUAAGGAAGCAAGGGAGUUACGUCAUCAAGCUUCAAAGUUAUCAUCUCAAUUCCCUCAACUUGUGUUUGAUUAUACUGAUCCGGAGCCAAAUUUUGAUAGACGUCGUGUUCUCGGACCUGUUGCGAAAUUGUUUCGUGUCAAAGAUUUAAAAUAUGCGGUUGCUCUAGAAGUGAUAGCUGGAAAUAAGUUACAGAACAUUGUUGUAGACACAGAAGUCACUGGUAAAAUUUUGUUAGAACGUGGUCAAAUUCGUCGACGUGUCACUAUGCUUCCGUUAACUCAAAUACGUGGAAAUCCCAUAUCAGAUGGUGUUAUUAAAAAUGCCCAGUCAUUAGUUGGUGCAUCAAAUGUUGUCACUGCUCUUUCAUUAAUUGAAUAUGAUAAUAUGCUUAAACCAGUUAUGGAAUAUGUAUUCGGUAGUGUAUUAAUAUGUCCAGAUAUGGAAAUAGCUAGGCGUGUUGCAUUUCACCCUGGUAUUGAAAAGAAAACAAUAACAUUAGAAGGUGAUGUAUUUGAUCCUCAGGGCACACUGUCCGGUGGAAGUCGGGGAACUGCUUCGGAUAGUUUAUUAUCUCGUAUAUUUAAGUGGCGUGAUCUUGAGGUUGCGGCUCAAAAAGCUGAAGAAAAUGUUACUCAAGGUGAAGCAAAUGUCAGAGCAGCUCAAUUACGAUCCCAAAAUAUUAGUCAUCUUCGAGAAGCGUUAGAUAAUGCUCGCCAUCAAUUAGAACUUUUAGAGACUCAAAUAAGGCAGACAGAUAAACAUCGAUUACGUGCAGACUUGGCAGCUACUAGAACUGAAUUAAAACAAGUCGAAGAUUCUUUACAAAACGCUGAACAACGUCUUACUCAAGCAUCUUUAAAAGCUAAGUUAGCUCAUGAGAAAGCAGCAAACGCCGUAGCUGAAUUUAAAAAAGAAGAACAGGAAGCUGAAAAUGCACUUUCAGAAGCUAAAGUCCAACUGGAAUCCACGGUUAGUGCUUUAAGGGAGAAGAAUUCUCUAAAAGAAACUUUACGCUUAGAAGCUGAAGAACUGUCAAAAGAACUAAAUGCUUUAAAGCUGUCUCUUGAAGAAGCAAUUCAAGCUGUAGGAGAUGCACAGGCAGAAGAAGAACGUUGUAUUGAUGCAUCACGAUUAGCUAAAGAGGCUUUAAUUAAAGCACGUGAAGCUGUUAAUAAACAACGAGGAUUAAUUGAUGAAACUGUUCGUGCAUUGACAUCUGCAGAGAAAGAAGCUGGUCAAUUAGUUCAAUCGUUGAAUCAAACAAACAGUCAAGUGGAUAAACUUUCUCAUCAAAUUGAAAUGCAAACUAAGGAAAGUGAAGAAGCCGAUAUCAAGAUGGAACGACUCUUAGAAGCAUAUCCAUGGAUUCAUGAAGAAAAACAAAAUUUUGGUGUUGAAAAUGGCCCAUAUUGUUUUACUUCACGUGAUCCCAUUGAAACACGUCGACGAAUUCAUUCACUGAAAGAACGUCGUGAUCGUCUUGGUCGAACUGUAAAUAUGCGUGCGAUGAAUAUGCUUGGUAAUGCUGAAAAACAAUAUUCUGAAUUGAUUAGACGUCAAGAAAUUGUUUUAGCUGAUAAACGUAAAAUUCAAGCAGUUAUUGACGAUUUAGAUAAACGAAAAGAAGAAGUCUUAAUAAGUGCACAUAAUAAAGUCAAUGAGGAAUUCUGUAACAUUUUCGGAACUCUGUUGCCAGGAAGUAAAGCACGUUUAUUUCCCCCGGAAGGUAUGAGUGUUCUUGAUGGAUUAGAAAUUAAAGUUGCAUUUGGUGAUGUUUGGAAAGAAUCACUUGGAGAAUUAAGUGGUGGUCAAAGGUCGUUAGCUGCCCUUUCACUUAUUCUGGCUUUAUUACUCUUCAAACCUGCACCUUUGUAUAUAUUAGAUGAAGUGGAUGCGGCGCUCGAUUUAUCUCAUACACAAAAUAUUGGUCAGUUGAUUAAAAACCAUUUUAAGCAUUCACAGUUCAUUGUGGUGUCACUCAAGGAUGGAAUGUUCAACAAUGCUAAUGUACUAUUCAAAACAAAAUUUGUAGACGGUGUUUCAACUGUGUCUCGGCAUGUACCUCUACGGGUUCGCGACGAAAAUAAACAGCCUCAAACAGAGAGACAACGGAAACGUGUUAAAUAAAUUGUGUUUGUAUCUGUCUAUCUUUAUUAAAUGAUACGUUAUUUAUCUAUCCUCCCUUAAUCAUGAUUUAAUGUACAAUUUAUCAUAUUCAAAUAUCACUUUAUUCAACAUAUAUUAACUUAGGUGUGUA